CCAUCUUGUUUGACUUUGUUGUAGGCUGUAGAUAAUGAAUGAGCACACCUUUAUUGUAUUGGUCUUUCUCACUCUGAGAGCAGGAGCCGCAGGGCCGCUAUGUUUCUCGUGUUCCUCAAUGUCCCAGGCACAUUUCUGUGAUUUCACAGAGAGAUGUAACGAUUACCAGGUUUGUUACGUCGAGAGAAUCCUUACAAACAGUGGUCAUAUCAAGUUUACAUCAGGAUGUGUGAGCAACCAGACUUGUACCAAGGACUACGUCACAGAUUAUGCUGCUCACGGUCGAGUCACGUGCCUGGACUGUUGUCAAGGAGACAUGUGUAAUAACAAAGGAUGCGGUGACGUAGGGCCAAAGUCUAGACCGUACCGGGGGCCAUACUGUUUCCAGUGUGAACAUCAGUCACAGCCCAGUGAGUGUGAACAACUCACCAUAUGUGAUGUCGACCAGGUUUGUGGUGUACAAGAGCACAUCGAUGGGUUCGGUAUACAAUUCACCAGUGGCUGUCGAGGGAAGUUGGAAUGUCAGACUCACACACAUAUUCUGGUGGGGAGGGACGUCUCUUCCGUUAAUGGGUGUAACAUUUGCUGUGAUGGCGAUUUCUGCAAUUACGAAUGUUCCUCUUCCAGUUCAAAUGGACCUACAUUAGCAACUGCCAACAACUUGAACACCUCGCAAUACAUAGCCACACCCACAAUUGUUGUACCUGGGUCGAAGUUUGGACCCUGGGGGUCAUGGACACCCUGUCCUGAUAACUGUGGGCGUGGGGCACAGGAGCGUUAUCGGAAGUGUUACGAUCACAAUAACGUUUUGCUGAGUGAUGCGUCCUGUUCCGGACCGGGAGUGGACACCCGGACAUGCUUUAAUGACCACUGUCAAGACUGCAAUGCCUUGUACAACAUCGGCUACAACGUCUCUGGUAACUACACUAUAUACCCAGACCCUUCCACCGGAUAUGACGUAUACUGUGAAAUGCAGCGUGGGAACGGUGGAUGGAUUGUUCUGCAACACAGGUUUGAUGGGUCGGAGAUGUUCAACAGAUCAUUUGCGGAAUACGAACAAGGAUUCGGUGACCUGAACGGGGAGUUUUGGAUGGGACUUGACAAAAUGUCCAAACUUACAAACCCCGGACGCAAAGUACGAUUUCUUCUACAGACAUAUGAUGGUGCAUGGAUGACACUAGACUAUGGGAAUUUCUCAAUUGCCAAUGCCAGCAAGCAAUACACCCUGAAUGUUUCUCAACAUAUCUCCGGAUUUUCUCCGGGAACAUUCUCAUACAAUUCCGGGAGGAAAUUUUACACAUUUGACCGCGAUAAUGAUGCCCACUGUGCUGUUCGUAGAUUCUCGGGUUGGUGGUUUGGAUCAUGUACAUAUCUAAACAUUAAUGGUGAAUACGGACUCCGGGACGACGAAUCCGGAAUCACUGAACACUCGACCACCGGUAACAAUUUCAACAAUUUUCAGAAAACGCUGAUGAUGAUACAAUGAUUUCUGUGCGAUUCCCUCAGGGCAGAGAUAUCCGA